GGAAGCAGGCUCUCUGCUGAGCAGAGAGCCCAGUGCGGGACUGGAUCCCAGGACCCUGGGAUCAUGACCUGAGCUGAAGGCAGAGGCUUUAACCUACUGAGACACCCAGGCGCCCCCAUAAGAGAUUUUUAAAAAAGAUUUUAUUAAUUUAUAUUAGAGAGAGAGGGGCAGCCCUACAUGGGGCUCAAUCCCAUGACCCUGGGAUCAUGACCUGAGCGUAGGGCAGAUGAUUAACCAAUUGAGACACCCAAAUGUCCCAAGAGACUCUUCCCUAGGAAGCAAACUGAGGGUUGCUGGAGGGGUGGAGGGUAGAGGGAUGGAUUAAUGGGACGAUGGGCAGUAAGGAGGGGACAUGAUGUAAUGAGCACUGGGUAUUAUAUAAGUCACUGAACUCUAUCUCUGAAACUAAUAACACACUAUACGUUAAUUAAUUGAAUUUAAAAUAAUAACUAGGAAACCAUAAAAAUAUUAAACAAUCCUGUCAUCAGAAAAAAAAAAAAAACCCUAAGUCACAGACUAGGCAGGAUGGUGGGAGCAGGUCUGUGAAGACAGUGGACCAAGGGUGAAGGUGACUGAGUUGCCCUUGCCCCUAACUAAGACGGGGAAGCAUCAGUAACAGGAGGGGGAUGCAAGGUUCAAUUUUGGAAUGUUUUGUUUAUAAGCAGAGAUCUCCUGGGCCCAUCCAGGAUUCACAGGGAGAGGACAUGGGGGUCAGUAUAGACUGGAUUCACCAACAUAUACUGGAACUAGUGGAUGAUAUCAGAAAGCUGGGCUCAGAAAUUCGUGGACAGUCGAUCCAAUGUCCAGAUAAAGGGAGAGAAAGUUCGCAGGAGGCUGAGGCGGCCAGGGUGGGAGAAGAUGAAGAAAAUCAAACAUAAAGGUAUUUUAAAAGCUGAUGGAAAAAAAUCAACUUUGGAAUGAAGUUUGGAAUAAACAGUGGGCAGCACUCAUGAAAACUGAAAUAUAAUUCCACUUUUCAGUAUCUACCACGAAACCAUGGUGGAGGGAGGGAGCAGUCCAGCCCUGAAGGCCGUAAGGGGUGCAUUGGGCAGAAUUUAAAAGCAGUUACUGACUAAAAGCAUGUCUUCUGCUAAUUAUCACCAUUCAGUAGAAAUUCUACACAAAGGCAUGGAUAGACUCCUCCCCACUGUAACGGAUUGCUGCCCUGUGCCCCUCUAGCUGGGCACGGCACUAGGGACUAGCAUUAUUGCUGCAUUGCUUAUAACAGAGGAACUUUCGGCACAUCCUAAAUGUCCAUCCACAGGGGAAGGCAAAAUCAAAGAUGAUCUGUGCAGGUGAUGAAACAGGACAUACACCAGUUACAAGGAAUUCACAUACCUAUAUGUCUGAAUAGAGUCUAAAAACACGGGCGAACAAGCAAGCAUGCACGAAUAUAUUCAUGUCCACACUUCCUAUGAAAAAUAAUCCCUCUUAUAAAGGAAUUUAUAUAUAGGGAUGGGCCGAGGUGGUGGGGCUGGCCACAGGCACCCCGCUGGGUGCUUGAAGCCUGCUGGAUCAUGCUGAGCAGAGCACGAUGUUGGUUCCCCUCAGCGUUGUGGGGUCCACAUGUGUCCACAUGUGCUGCGGUUCAGAGGCAUCCCUAGUUGCCUUCGCACGUCAGGGUCAUGGAUGUUUGCAAACAAGAGCAAGAGGACUUGGUACCUGCCCUGCCCCUUCCACCAGGCGCUGCUUGAGAUCCUGGUGUGCCUGCUCUCCCAAGAAGCCGCUCAGAUAUGAAGCAUUGGCAAAUUGGUUCGUGAAGAACUGGCAAUAGCCUACCCAAAUAUUGGCAGGAUCCCCUAAUAUACCAUAGGCAGCUAGGAUGACGCAUCAAAAUGAGAAGCAAGAAGAAAUAGAGAAACACCAGAUCAUAGUUAAAAACAACACACACAACUAAAAUUUUUUUAAAAAGGUUUUGAGAUAGAGAGAGAGCAUGAGCAGUGUGAGGGGCAGAGGGAGAAGCAGGCUCUCCACUGACCAGGGAGCCUGACACCGGGAUGGAUCCCAGGAUCCCAGAAUCAUGACCUCACCUGAAGGUGGAUGCUUAAGGACUGAGCCACCAAGGUGCCCCAUGACUUACCUUUUUAAAAUAGUGGCAGAUAGUAAGUGAGGGAGAAGAAUGUUUCUGUCUCUUCCUACAUUGACUUUCCUUACUCCAUUGGCCUCUCUAGCAGGACUAUUCUCAGCCUUCAUGGAAGAAAACUUCCCAUUGGGCUGCACCUGCUCAACCAGCCUGUGCUUUCACAGUCUGCCUAUUAGCGUACCAGUUUCUCAGUUCUUCCACCUUUGGACUUGGAUGGGUAUUAAACGCUUCAGACAUAAUUAAUACAAGCAGAACCAAGAUAUGUGUGUGUGUGUGUGUGUGUGUGUGUGUGUGUGUGUGUGUGAAUGAUAUGUCCUAUCUAUCUCUGAAAGGUCA